UUCGAGCACUGAAGACUGCAUGGCAAGUCAUUGAAAAAGCACGACUAGAUGCUGUUAUGCAUACAGGCGACUCAGACACCGCAGAGGAUGAUUCUUAUUGGCGGGAAGUGAUCCGCGCAAGCAAAAAAAAACUGAUUGAAUGGAUCAGCGACGUCCCCUCCGACUUGCUGGAUGAACUUAACAGUAAAGAACUAAUUAACCGAGACGUUUAUAAACAGGUUAAGGAAAUCAGUUACUCUAAGAAGCAAUCUCGCAUCCUGCUCGACCACUUCAUUGACAGCCAAGAGGAUAAUUGCAAGAAUUUUCUACAAUCGCUCAGAGAUGUGAAAAAUAAUUACCAUCCGGAGCUUCAGGAUUGGAUUGAAAAUCUCGGACUCCAAGAGCCAACGUAUGAACAUUCACUGAGUCUGCAACACUCACAGGUUCUUCAGAAGAGUAAAGGUGGUUGGAAUAAAUCCAAACAAGACACAUACAAGAAGUCCAGUAAUACAAAAUGUACAGAUACAGGACCAGAUUAUCAAUCCAGAAUAUCUUCAACUUUUCCGAGAAGUCAAGACUAUCAUGAUGAUGCCCAGACAGAUGAGCCAGGUGAAGAACAAGGCUGCAUCAAGAAGCAUUCACAAAGUGUCAGGGACAGACUUCACAUAUUUGAGGCUAAAGCACAAACCACAAAAGCAGUUAUCAAGCGAUCCAACUCCUACUAUGCUGAGUCAAGUUAUUCAAAAGAAAUUGGAGAUAAAAAAUCCACAUCCACAUACAGAAAAUCUUCAAGUAAUCAGACAAAUCAAGAAUUUGUCGAUGCCCAGAGAGACGGACUAGGUGAAGAACAAGGCUGCAUUACGCAAGCAUCUACUGUUGUAAAAUCUACACAUUUUCCAAGAUUAUCAUCAAGUGUUCCUACAAGUCAAGACGUUAAUGAUGGUGCCGGGACAGACGAGCAAAGUGAAAAACAAGGCAGCAUUAAACCAAUAUCUUCGUAUGCAGAAAGUACAAAUUCGCAAAGUGUUCUCGGACGGAGUAGAGGAGGCCGCAUAUUGGAAGAAAGCGAGCUGCAUAGUAAUCAAGACACGGUUGAAAAAAAUGUCUCUUCAAAAGUUAUAUUUCAGACUGUUUUGAAGAAACUCACUUUGGACAAGUUUUACCCUAAAAAAAUAUCAAUAAACCAUGUUUUGAGCAUAACUGGCUGUGAGGAAUAUCCCAAAUCUCUCGAGGAAAUUUCAAAACAUUUCCUAAAUAAUUUAAUGAGGGCAAAUCCCAAGGCAAGAACCACAGAAAAUGGCAAGUGUAGAAUUGAAUAUGGAGAUCCAAGUGAUGACGAUUUAAUAAAUCCACUGGACAUGAUAACUGCGGUUUUUCUCUGCGCUGACAGCUUCUUACAGCAGGUGCUUAUGCAGAAGAUGGCCCAGUGUCAGUUUGCCUUGCCUCUCUUACUGCCCGAUUCGGGCAAAGGUGACGUCACAUUUAUGUUGUGGGCCAUGAGGCAGAUUGUGAAAAACUGGAAACUACAGAAAAAUGCAUCCAGUAUGGAGGAGUCAUUAGUCAGCAUACAAAUGCCUUUCAUUUCAUUUAUUCGGGUUGGAGAGUGCAGUAUCUCAAAAUCAAAAUUGCUAAAUUCAAUUCUUAGCAAUGACAAUCAUGAUUUAUUUGUUCAUCGAGACAUGGAAUGUGGUGAUAUCCCACGAAAAUGUUCUGAUGGUCUAGUUGAAAUGGCUAUGUUCUGUCCUUGUGGGAAAUCAAAUAUAGAUGUUUUCGAAACAGCGUUCAGCAUUUUAAAUCUCCGUGGUGAUGCCCGGGAUCACUUAGAUCAGCUUAAGUUUUUAAAAGCAAUCUCAAAUGCCAUGUUCAUUGUCAUUGACGGAAAAGUAGAUGAAGAAGCAAUGUCUAUUCUUGCCGAUUCGAAGGCUCAGUUGUUUAUAAUUACAAACCAGAAAGAAAAUAGCAGAAGCAGCAAUACAAAAGCAUUCACCGACACUUUGUCUCAGCUGAAAAUAAAGGCAACAUUUAUUGAGAAAGGGCGACACAAUGACACAUCAUUUACUAGAAAACUACGUUCUGAUAUUACACAUUUUUUACAAUCUACUGAAAACCACGAGACAUUAGAACGCAUGGUUGACGUUGUUGGAAAGCUAAAUAUUAGAAUCGAUGAAUGUAAAAGUAAAUGCAGAGAAAGCAAAGAUAAAGUCAACAGCAUAAUUGAUAUCAUAGAAAAAUCUCGCGUGAAAGAAAGUAAACAACGAUAUCUCCCUUUACAAGGAGAUCUGUGGCACAAUUGGGCAGAGACAAAUAAAGAACAGAGUCGAGUGAAAAAUAUCGGACGUGAGAAUUUUGAGGACUAUAUUAUUGCAAAUAAAAUCAAACAAAUCGACAUUCGCAAAGAACAGAAAACAAAGGGUUUUUCAGAUGUCGUGAAAAUAUUUGUUGAUUUAAUAUUGAACGAGUCAAUAGAAAUGAAAAUGUUUGUUCUUCAGUGGAUGCAAUUAAAACUAAAUAAUCUAUCCAGAGUUACAUUUUCCAAGUUAAGAGAUGAUUACAAAAAAAUAUAUGUUCAUCUCGAUGUUGAUUCAAAAAUUAAUGCAAAGAAAUUGGAAGAAAUUGAAGAAUUAAUGUCGUCCAGUUCAUUGGGACUGGAACACUUCAUACGGGAAAUUGGGCAGUUUUACGAAGCAACUAAAGAAGUUCAGAAAUAUGCAGUGCCCAAUAGCAAAGAACCUACCUACCGCAAGGCACUGACACUCCCAGCUGUUGCUGCGGAGUUGUUCUUGGAGGGGUUUCCCUUGGAGCUAAUGGAUGGUGACGUUGGCUGUAUUCCCAUUGACUGGGUGACCGACGUGCUUAAGGAAGUGAGGGCUACGCUUGGCCGAGAUCCCCGCGUGUUCGUACUGACCGUGCUGGGGGUGCAGAGCACAGGCAAGUCCACGCUUCUCAACACCAUGUUUGGGCUGCAGUUCACAGUGAGCAGUGGCCGCUGCACACGCGGCGCUUUCAUGCAGCUCAUCAGCAUUGAGGAUCACCUGAAACAAGAACUUGAGUGUGACUUCAUCCUGGUGAUUGACACAGAAGGGCUGAAAGCCCCUGAGCUGGCAACACUUCACGACAGCUACGAGCACGACAAUGAGCUGGCCACGGUUGUUAUUGGUUUGAGUGAUGUCACGCUCAUUAAUCUGGCAAUGGAGAAUGUAGAAGAAAUGAAGGACGUUCUGCAAAUCGUUGUCCAUGCAUUUCUACGAAUGACGGAAGUUGGGAAAAAAACAAAGUGCCUAUUUGUGCAUCAGAAUUCUGGCGAUGUCGCUGCUUCUGAUAAGAACAUGAGAGACAAGAAAUGUCUUAUUAAUCAGCUGAAUGUCAUGACGGUGGCAGCUGCAAGAAUGGAGCACAAGGAGUCCACUUACACUAAAUUCACCGACGUCAUGGAGCACGACGUGAGUCGGGACAACUGGUACAUACCUGGUCUCUGGCAUGGAACCCCUCCAAUGGCUUCAGUCAGUGCUGCAUACAGCGAUCAGGUUUUUCAACUCAAGCAGCACCUGAUAGACCAUCUUAAAAAGAGACCAAAAACACAGAGAGCUUCAACACUAAAAGAUUUCAGCACUUGGAUAGGAAGCAUCUGGGAAGCAGUGAAGAAAGAGAACUUUAUUUUUAGUUUCAAAAACAGCUUGGUUGCCGAUGCUUACAACCAACUGUGCAUUCAGUAUACUGGCUGGGAAUGGGAAUUUCGUAAUGACAUUAUUUCUUGGACACAAGAGAAAAAUAAUUACAUAAAUAGUGUUAAAUAUGAUCAUCUUCAGAACCAUUUUCAACAGUUGGAACGUGAUUUAAGUAAUGAGAUUUCAAAAGGAAAAGCCACCUUACAGAGCAAAAUAAAAAGGCACUUUGAAAACAAAAGCCAAAAUGCGCAUUUAGUUGAGAAAUACAAAGAAGACUUUAACAUCAGCGCAAAACAACUGUGCGUGAAGUUACAAGAGGAAGCCUUGAAUAAAUUCAUGGAGUUGGUUUGUAGGAGACAGUCUGGACACUCCAUUGAAGAACUUGAAACGCAGAGUAAAAAGACAAUUGGAUCGGAAGUCUGUAAACUCCUUCAGCGCUGCAAAGAUGAUGAAGUGAAAUUAAAUGAAAUACGUCUAAACAAAGAGUUUAACGACAUGUGGUCAAACGUGGUUACGCACCUUCCAAAAAUUAAUUUGACAAAACACGACGUUUACAGCGAUAUGGUGACAUCACUGCGUGACAUUAAAUUAGAACAUGCGUCAGCUGUCAGCCAUCUUUUGUGUAAGUUUGGAAGCUCUGCAACAUAUUUUGAAAAAAAUCGCAACAAAAUAUUUCAACUAAACCCAGAGCACUUCAUUAAAGACGUAUCUAAAUUUAAAAAGAUUUGCAAUAUAUUCACAAAGCAAAACGAUGCAACUGUGAAGGAGUUGACCAACAUUUCACGUAUGAUUAUCGAAAGCAGCACUAGGUUUAUUAAUGAAAAAAUAAAAAUGCAUGAUUAUUGCUCAUCCUAUAAUAACGAUCUUCUGCAACACAUCCAUAAAGAACUGGAACAACAGCAGAAUCAAAUAUUUACCAAAGACUUUUCAAGGGACAUUACUGUAUUCAUUUGUUUUAAAGCCAUAGUAAUUUGGCAAAAAGGACACGACGUUUUCUUUGACAACAACAAUCCAACUACUAAGAUUAAUAAUAUUAAGAAGAAAUAUUUUGUUAUUUUUAAGGAACUAUAUCGUCAAGGGGAUGAAAAUAUUAAACAUGCAAAGACAUUUUGUAACGAGUGCCUGAAGCCGUCUCUACUGGAGGCUGUCGACAACAAAUUGGGGAUGGAUAUUGCGACGAAUGUGAAGAGCGAUAGCGGUGGCCCAACGUUUUCGAGCCGAAAACACCUUCAGCUGGCCAUGCAUCUUCAUUUGUUGGAUGAAGACGACUUUGAAACUCACUAUAGAUACAUAAACAAAUAUGCAGAUUUUACAAAGGAAUGGAUAAUGGCUGAGGUCAUACAGCACUGCCAGAGAGAGAAUGGGUCACACUCUCAGAUGUACCAUCUCUCAAGCGCCAUUUUGAGCAAUCUUAUUAAUGAAGUGAAGAAAUCUGUGGACUCUGUGACCAAAACUAUAACCACUCCGACCACACUUUUGGAAUUCGCAGACAGCUUGGGCGAGUGUCUACUCAAGCACAUUAUUAUCAAUAAAGAUGUCAUUGACGUAGUUGGGUUUUUAUCCUUCAUAGACAAAGAAAGUGUCAAACAAUUUUCGGAAGAGCUCAAGAGUUCGCUGGACUCUGCUGAAGAAGAAAUGUUACAAGGGUUCAGUGUCGCCAGUGACACCGAGUGCGAGGCGUGGUUGAGUCGUCUCAGUGUGCAGCCGCACAUAGAGCUCUACAAGAGCCUGGCUGGCUGUGAGAAGCAGUGUCCUUUCUGUGGGGUCCCUUGUGACCAGGGAGGUGGUGGACAUGAGACACACUCUGCGGAGCUGCAUUAUCCUCAAGGCCUUAAUGGCGUUAGUAUAAUUACUAACGACAAGUUGGUAGCUGAAGUUUGCACAACAGAUGUUGCUGGCAAUGGGCAUUAUAAAAGUUCAGCUACAAAUGACCAAUGGGUUCCCUACAAGGAAUACCGCACUAUCAACGAUUACUUUGCCUCCUGGAGCAUUCAGCCAGACACCAGCCUAGAGGCUACGACUUUCUGGAAGGUCGUAUUCUGCAAAUACAAUCGCAAUUUUGCUGAAAGACAUCAUGUUUCACCAGCAGAUAUUCCUAAUGCAUGGAAAGAGAUCGAUACAGAUGAAAAUAAGAUGAAAGAAGACUUGAUAAAAUCAUUCGCAUUAACAUUGUGAAAGCAGUAGCUAAUUAAAAAUAUUAAUCAUAGUCAUCACCCAUCAUCAUUUACAUUGCAAAGACCCCCACCACCCCCCCCCCCCCGACCCCCCACACCGCCUCAUUCACGCCCGUGCCUGUCCAAGUUGUCGCUGUGCCCACUCCUCAUGGCCCCGUAGAAUUCUAUCGUUCUAGCACACCUAUCUUUGUUAGCGUAUGUUGUUUUUGGGUGCGGUUGCUGUUAUUAGUUUACUUAUAAAUACAAUUUAUAUUGUUGAUCAUCGCAAGAUAUUGCUAUUAUCGUUAUGGGUUAAGGGCAUAACAAUUAGCCUACAGCAGUGUCUUAAAGGAAUGGCCACGAGAAAAAAAGUGGUUACAAAUCUUCAAACUUAAACGUCUUCAGAAUCCAUCAUUUUGGUUAUACUAUGUUCUUUUUCAGGUCAUUGUCUGGAACUUUAAGGUUUUUUUGUAAUAUACAUUUAGGCUGUGCUAUG